CUUAGUUGCAUCACCAUGGCCUUCAAAGAUUGAGAAAAUAGUUGAGUUUCGAGAUUCGCUUCGGACCGGAUUUCGGAUAAUCCAUAAGACAUCCCUGCUAUGCAUUAAAGUGGAAGUAUCGUUUAGAGAUAUCUCCUCCUCCCCCUUCCCAUUCCCAACAAGAGGCCAUUCACUUUUAUAAAAGACCAUACCGAGAUGGUACAUUCCCGCUUAAUUUGAUGGGGAAGAAUGAUAGGAUUUGGAACCCUUUUAAUCCUUUGUGGGCUUAUUUACCCUUUGUUUAAGGUAAAAUUUAUUGGAGACUCCCCUUGGAUUUCAGAAAAAAAUAUUAUCUUUCAGAAAAAAAAUUAAAAAAAACUUUUUUUAAAGGUUUUGAUCACUUUAAUUACACACUUACAACAAUGUCUUCCUCAUCUUCAACAAUUAUACUUUACAAUGAAAAUCCAAAAGAAGCAUCAAAAACAACAACAAUUAUUAAUUCUUCCCCAAUUCAAUUAUCUAAUGGAUCUUUUGUUUGGCUUAACCAAUUAAAUUUUAAUUUGGCUGAUAAUAUGGAACAAUGUUUUCAAGCUUUAACAUCUGCUGGUCUUCCAAUUGCUCCCAAUCAGUCUUCUGAUGAUUCCGUGCCUUGGUGUAAUGCUACUUGGGAUACUGUACUUUGUUGGCCAGCUACACAAGGAGGGCAAUCAGUUACUUUGCAAUGUCCACCGCUAAAAGGGCUUGAUCCUUCUAAAACAAUAACCAAAUAUUGCCAUUCUUCGGGUAAUUGGAUGGGAAAAACAGAAAAUGAUUUUUCCCGUCCCCAUGGAUGGACUAAUUUUACAAUGUGUUUUACUAGAGAAGUUGUAGCGAUAAUGCAACAAUUAGAUAAUGGAACUCUUUAUGAAGCUCAAGAAGUUGCUAAAAAUGCUAGAAAAUUGGAAUUUGUUGGAUUGGGUUUAUCCCUAAUUUCCUUGCUUUUUUGUGUUGCUAUAUUUACUAGUUUUCGGUAA